AUGGCUGGCAGGAGGUUCAAGCUCCCGAAGGCCCUGCGCUGGGCCCGCGGGUCCGUCCCCACUCAAAGGGUGAUCCGCUGGUGCGACUUCUAUCUCUUGCCCGUCGACGAUGAGGAGACGCGCUCCAUGCUCGGCGGCUUCAUGGCCAUUGCGUCCGUCCUCAUCAUGGUCUGGUUCUACAUCCAGGUGGUGGACCCGGUCAAGGGCGUCCAGACGCCGAUGCAGUGCCUCUACCGGCACGGGUGUGUCGCGGUGGACCUGCAGGGCGGCGUGCCGGUCAACGCGCGGCAAAUGGACCGCGACGAAACCGUGCUCACGACGCUCCGCUUCUUCAAGAGCGCAGGCGACGGCCUCGUGGUGCUGCCGCGGCGGCUGAUGCAGAAGAAGCAGCUCUGCGACGCCGGGUCCGAGCCGCUGUUCUACUGGCAGGACCGCUUCGCCCCGCAGUGCACGCCCGGGUGCUUCGAGUAUUGCGCCCCGGAGCCGCUGACGGAGCGCCGGCAGCCGGUCGUGAGCCUGUCGGGCGUGACGAUCUACGAGGGCGAGCGCCCGGAGAUCGCGCUGUUCGACACGAAGCUCAUCUCCGGGCGCGUGGACCGCAGCGCGGUGGUGACGCGCAACAUGGAGCCGCUGAAGACCGAGGGGCUCGUGACGGCGCUCAACGUGACGGGCGUGGAGACGAAGACGCUGUCGAUCAACGUCACGUUCCCGGCCGCGUACCCCACGUGGCGCCCGAACAACCCCUUCAACGUGUACGCCGUGGACGUCAACCACAAGGCUUCGUUGUGGUACUCACAGUUCGUUCCGCCGCUGCGGCGGCCGAACGUGACGUGCACGGGGCCGGUGUUCUCGCCGACGUUCCCGGACAGCUCGGUGCAGGCGAGCAAGUGCCCGACGGACCACCCCGCCGCGCAGGUCGGUGCGUACGGGACGGCGGACUUCACGCAGAUCACCACGCCGACGUCCACGGCGUCCGGGACGUCCCCGAAGAUCCCGUACGGCACGUUCACGGACACGGACCUCGUCUUCCUGCACGACACGGAGAACGGCAAGUUCGACCUCACGGAGACGUACGACGAGAGCAACGUGCGGUUCGUGGUCAUUGGCGGCGCGACGUCGCUGGUGACCGAGGAAGAGUCGCUCAAGAUGUCGUGGAUGGACGUGUUCCUCGAGCUCGGUGCUCUCUGGGGCAUCGUCGAGCUCGUCUGCGGCUUCCUCGUGAAGGAGUUCGAGGGCUGGAUGCGCGACGAAAUCAACGCCACGCGCAGCCAGCUGAAGACGGCGCGGCUGCUGCAGAAGGCCGCGUACGCGAACGAGGUCGUCGGGUCCGAGCGCACGUCGGUCAACUCGGACCUCGACGAAGACGACGACCUCGAGGCCGGCGACGGCGACCGCGGGGGGGGAGUGAAUCCCGCGCUCGAGUCAGGCGCGCUCCCCAGCGACCGCGAGGCCGCGCCGCCGCCCAAGUCCGACAUGGCGAGCGUCGUCGCCGCACUGCGCAAGUCCGCCGCGGAGGCGCAGGCGCCGCGCUCCGACGGCGCGGCCAGCGGCGACGAGUCAGCCCCUGCGUCAGCCUCAGAGCUCCGGCGCGGCUUCGGGGAGGGCCUCGAGACGGCGCCGACGGAGCAGAUCGUGCGCGAGGAGGUCCGCGAUGCGUUCGAGCCGGACAGGCCGCUCCCGAGCUUCGUGUCGUCGCGCGCGGGCCACUCGGGGGGGCGCUUCCACGUGCAGGGUGCUGCCGCGUCCCUCACGGCCGCGAGGGGGAGCCGGCCGACGCUGUCGCGGCAGGGCACGCUCUCGAACCGGCGGCUGCUGCAGGCGACGAGCUUCCGGCAGCAGCGCUACGAUACGUUCCUGCAGCGGGCGCACACUCAGGCGGCGGGCGUGCUCAACCAGGUCGUGCCGGAGACCUGGCAGCCGACCUCCCUGAGGUCGGGGCCCGCGAGCCAGCGCGAGGGGGGCGGCAAGAGUCUCGAGGUGCCGCCGCCGCCCGCGGACAAGCAGCUGCGUAAGAUGUGGAGCGAGCGGGUGCGGUUCAACGUGGCGGCGGAGAUCGAGCAGGUCGCUGCGUCCGGGGCGGCGCGGGCGAGCUACGCGGAGGUGGCUCCGGUCGAGCACGUCGUCGCCAGCGCGGACGCGGUGCGCCGGGAGUCGAUGCCGGGCCUCGGCCUGCCGCCGUCGGCGUGGGCCAAGGUGCGCGACGUGCUGGGGGAGAGGACGGCGAAGAAAGUCAAGCUGGGCGAGAUCUUGGCGGAGAACCUGCGGCGGAAGAUCGUGGUCGAGGAGACGGCGCGCAUCCUGAUCGCGAUGGUCGUGCCGGCGCUGUUCCUGCUGAUGCUCCUGGUUGGUACGCCGGUGUUGGGGGAGAUAUGGCUGCGCGAACUGAAGAGCGAGGACGGCGGCGGGGGGCCGCCGGUGACGCUCACGGAGAUGCUGGCGACGUCGUCGAAGAUCAACGUGACGCUCGACAUCGACUGGAUGACGUACACGGAGCCGCGCGGGCCGAGCGCGACGGCGCUGUGGGCCUCGCAGAGCAAGCCCGCGGCGCUCGCGGCGCCCGCGACGUCGACCACGACGAGCGUGGACCCCACGUGGACGCCCGUCGCGGUCAAGAAGCGCCCGGACGGGUCGCAGGUCGGCGCGUACACGGACACUUCCGGCGCGCUGCACCUCGCAGUGCUGCCGGCGAAGAAACUGGCGGGCCGGGCGCUGCUGGUGUCGAGCGCGGCGACGGCGACGCCCGUGGUCGGGAACUCGACGGUCGUGUCGACGAAGGUCGCGUCCGCGGUGAUGGACAUCGACUCGACGGGCCGCGUGCUCGUGGGGUACAUCAGCGACGUCACGGGCUACCCGGGCGUGGUGCUGCGGCAGGUGCUGUCCACCACGGGGACGAACCACACGUGGGAGCUCCUGAGCGGGCUCACGACGCCGCAGGGCGCCACGCGGAGCGACAGUAUCGCGUUGAAGGCGCUUUCCGGCAGCACGGUGGCGUUCGGACGCUGCCUGCCGACGCUCUCGGCGCUGAGCCUGCACGACCGCGGCUGGCUGCUCAUGGGCGGGCGGCUCCCGGCGGCGGCGUCGAUGGACAUCCUGGCCACGCCUUCCGGCGUCCCGUCGGUCAUUCUGUACCAGAGCCCCACGACGGCGCGCCGCAAGCUGCAGGGGAAGCACCUGCUCGGCGAGCUGCUCGGCGACGCGGGCGCUGCCGCGGCGCCCGAGGCCGCGCCGGGCGCGCACAGCACGCGGACAGUCGACUACCACGGGUGGGGCGCGAGAUGGGAGAACCAUAUCUUCGACUUGUUCCCGGAGUUCGCAUGGGAGGACGCGGCCGCGCAGGCGGUGGUCGCCGGGCCGGCCGUGCGGGCGUUCAGCCCCGGCGGCGCGUGGGCGGGUGGCAGCAAUGAUGCGCCCGUAUACGCCCGUCAGACGACCAUGCAGACAGCGGCGGUGCUGGACUGGACGGGGGGGAGUUUCGAGCAGCUCCCCGCGGCUUCGGUGCAGUGCAGCGUGUCGCCGGUGACGCUCAAGGAUGGCGACGGCAACAGCGUGAUGAUCUGCCCGCAGAGCCCCGCGAUCAAGGACGCACAGUCUCCUAUCUCUGGUGGCUUCAUCGUUCUUCGAUACUCGACUGUGGACGCGGCGUGGAAGAUCGACAGCGCACUGACGCCCACGGAGCUCUCGUCCGCGGUGUGCAACGCCAUCGCGGCGAUCUCCGUCGGCGAGGGGCAGCUCGUCGUCUCCUGCGAGACGGCCUCCACGCCGAUUCUGCUGGUGCAGACCCCGGGCGGGCGCUGGCAGUUCCUGUACCCGCCCGCGCCGGGCAUCGACACCGUCAAGCUCUUCGCGACGUCGUUCAAGGAGAGUGGCAACACAGUCACAGUCACCGUGUCGUACCGCCGCAAGGCCACGAACGCAUUCGAGAGCACGUCGCUCUCCGUGGACGUCGCGGCGCAGUCCGUGCAGGACACCGCGGCCGUGGGCGGCGGCGCCGGCGCGACCGCUGUCGCCGGGGGCGCCACCGCGUCGCCGGUGACGACGGCGCCUGCGACCACACCGCUCUUCUCGCUGCCCCGCUGGCACGAGUUCAGCGACUCGCAGGAUCGCCUGCGCGGCCUCACGGGGCUACACCUCGUGGCGCAGCACGGGACCGGCGCGAUCAAGGCGUUCGGCCUCGGCACCGACGGCAAGGCGUUCAUCCUUCUCCGCAGGGACGCGCACUCGGAGUGCAGUCCCGGGGUGGACUGCAAGGCCGACCCGCAGACGCAGCCGCCAGCUUCGACGCCGCCGCGCAACACCACGGUUGCCGCGACGACCGGGCCGACUGCGGCGGGCCGGCGCCUCGCGCAGGGUGCCGGGACGCCGCCGCAGGGGGCUGGGACGGGGCCGAACGGGAAGCUGACGUUCAAUGAGACGGAGCCGCAGGACUGGGUCAACCUCGCGGACGUUCCUGGGUUCGCGGAGGCGUCGGACACGCUGCCCUUGUUUUCCGCGAGUAGGAACACCACGUUCACGAUCGACGCAACCGCGGUCAAGGCGAUCGAGUCGGCCAAGGGGAUGCUCGUCGCGGUCGGAACGAGCAAGGGCACGGUGACGCUGCUGGAGUUCGACCGCGCGCGACAGGGCAGGCCGUCGGAGGGGAGUCCGUGGUCGCGUGUGUGGCCCGAGCCGAUCCAGUUCCCGCACCGGCUGUCGCACGAGCAGCUCGAGCUCGACGUGACCUCGGGGCGCAUGUCGACGGUGUUCACGUCCAGGGAGCAGUUCGUGCUGGUCGACAACUCGCAGACGCCGUUUGCCUUCGACAUUGUGGACAACCGCGCGCACGGCGGCAGCGUCUUCCUGGCCAUCACCACGCGCAGCAACGUGUGCGAGGCCUCCUGCAACGACCCCCGCAUCUGCGAGGCGCGCGCCUGCCUGCACACCUAUCUGUACCGCGACGGGGUUCUUGAAUUCAAGACUCCCGUGCCGUACUACGCCCCGGCGAAGAACGUCGUGCAGAUCUCGUCCGUGCUCGGCGAAACCACGUACGAGCUCCCCUCGUCGUCCUGCGAGCCCGAAUACGGCAAGCCGCUCAUUCUGCACGAGGGCGGCGGGUUUGGCAUCCUGCUCAACACCGGGGUGUUCUGGCAGCUCCGCGACGGCGCGUGGGUUCCCAGGGAGAUGUUCCCGCUGACGUGCCCGCUCCCGGGCAUCGCGAAGGACCCCCGCGGCGCCACAUGGGUCUCUCUGCCCAACAAGGACGUGCCAUCUUUGGAGGACAAGUUCGCGGGGUUCCCGCCCGAAGUGCUCGUCGUGCUGCAGGAGCUGCAAGUGGUCAACGAGCGCGAGCUCGCCGCGCUGGGCCUCCUCGGCGACGGCCCCGACAAGGUGGUACUCAACAGGUUGACGGCGGGCGGUGAAAUGCACGAGGAGAGCGUCGUGGAGCUGCCGCUGGCGCGGUACGGGUACUGCCUGCGUCAGUCGCUGACGUUCGCGCUCGACGGGCGCCCGGGCGUGGUGUGCGAGGAGUCGCAGUCGAACUCCUCGGCGUUGUACCUCGCGUCCGGUCAGGGGGGGGACUUGAACAGCAGCACGUGGACGCGGUUCGUGGCGCCGGCGCUCGGCGCCACGGACCUGGAGGUCGACUUCAUCGUCGCGGGCGAGAACGCGCAGAAGAUCAUCAUGACGUACGCCGCGCCGCGCCCCGGUUCCUCCACCGAGGUGGACCUCUUCCUCAAGCGGUUCGACUCGGUCACGGAGACGAUCAACCCGCUGGGGCCGAGACUCGGCGUGGGCGGCGAGUUCCAGGGCCGCAAGCCCGUGCAGUGGGGCUCGUUCCCGCUCCCAGGCACGCAGCACAACCACUUGCGGUCACUCAUGAUGGGCGCGACGCGGAUGGCGAAGCCCGGGGUGGACCGGGCGGCGUUCGACAUCGACCGGACGGUGGACCCGGGGGCGGUGUGGCUGGUGCACGCCGCGGAGGUGAAGACGCCGCGCGGCGUGAUCGUAGCGCCCAUCGUGGAGCGGAAGCGCCCCCGGGGGGACUGGGAGGUCGUGCUGGGCCCGAAGUCGUACAGCGAGGAGGCGAAGACCGCGGAGGCGAUCCUGAACGACCUGUUCAAGGGCACGCUGCGGCGCCUGGACGCGUUCGUCCCGCUGCACGCGCAGCUGGUCAAUGUUCCCCCCACGAGCCGCGCAGGCCGGCGCUUCGUCCGGCAGUACCUCAUGGUGACGUACCUGACGGGGCGCGCGGACAGCGAUGACGACGACGACAAGAACAUGGCGCAGCAGAUCCUGUCGAUCAAGCUCGAGUACCCGAUAGAGAGUGACGGGCGCGUGGCGGUGGCGGAAGUGGAGCCGACGCUGGCGGCUGGGUGCUACGACACGCUGCGGUCCGACACGAUCCGCGGGCUCGGCACGAUGGACGCGGACCUCGGCUGGUCCGAGGUCGGGCAGCGGCCCGCGUACGGUCCGAACGGCGAGGUGAUUAUGAACUUCUGUCACUUCGCGCCGACGCCGAAGUUCGUGUACGGGACGCGCGCGCCGUCGACGUGCGCGCUGUACUACGCGCAGUACCUGUGCGACACGACGUUCUACCUGGAGGGGUCUUGGGUGCCGAGGUAUGACCAGAGUGAGCUGCUCAACCGGCGCGUGGUGAGCAAGGUGCUGACGACGAACCUGACGAUCCUGGGGCAGCCGGGCACGACGCCGCUGCUCGACGCGUGGGCGGUCGUCACCGAGGGCGUGUUCAACUUGACGGGCGGCGGCAACAACAGCUACUACUCCGCCAAGUACGCCGACUUCUACCUCAACGAGGCGGUGCAGCUGGAGGCCAAGGCGAACUACCUGGCGGAGGGCCUCGCGGGCUUCGACUCGUUCAACGAGACGUUCACGGACGCCGGCGGGCGCGUGUUUGACUACACGUACUCGUGGCCGACCCACAAGCUGCGGCUGGGCGCGCCGACGACGUCGGCGUACGUCACGCGCGCGAACAUCGACGUCGCCGAGCACGUCAACAUCUCGUCCGUCGACGUCUUCCUGUACAUCUCGCACCGCAGCCCCAACGACCUGCGCAUCACGCUCACCAACAACGUCACCAACGAGACCGUCGCCUGCCUCGUCGAGGCGCGCAAGCGCUUCCGCUCCGAGCAGGAGGGCUUCUUCGGCACGCGCUUCACGUCGGACCCCAACAUCAACGCCACGCUCCCUGGCGCGCCGUUCAUGUUGGAUAUUGACUUCUCGUACCAGGCGCUGCUAGAGACGCUCGGGCAGUGCAUCAACUGGUUCGACGGGUCGUACCUGUGCCAGACCGCCUACGGCGACUGGUUCUUCAGCCUCGGCGCCUCGCACUACGGCGCUUUCCGCCCGAUGGGCGCGCGCUGUCCGUCGGGCGGCGCGGGGCUCGACGCGUUCCACGGGACGUCCUCGAAGGCGCGGUGGACGUUGUCGGUGGACGACCAGGUCGAGGGCACGGACGGCUUCCUCCUGCAGUGGGGCCUGCGCCUCGUCGGCGACGGGAAGGUGGUGUACAAGUACGCGAGCCACCACGACGUGUUUGGCGAGUACACGACGACGACCGGCGGCGACCUGCUGCCGGAGCUCGGGCGGCACGUGUCGCCGGAGCUGUGCCCUGGGCCGGAGCUGAACCGGUGCGACCAGCAGCGGGCGAAGCCACUCAAGUGGCAGGCGUUUACGGUGGCGCGCCCGAGCACGGAGUCCGGGAUGGACAUGAACGCGGCCGCGGACACGCGCGGGCGCGUGCUGGCUGCGCUGGGCGAGGACAAGUACGGCACGUGGGACGGCAGCCGGUCGUCCUUCCGCGGCUUUGCCACGCAGGCUGUGCUGCGCGUGGGCAACGUGACGUACGGGAUCGACGGCUCCGAGGGCUCCACCGCGAACCUGCAGGCGGACACCAACGGCGACCUGUGGGACGUGUCUGAGUUCUGCGGGGAGCAGUCUGCCCGGUCCGACAUGCCGCAACAGUGCACGAUGUCUAUUUAUCGCGCCACGAACCGCACGGGGCAUGCUUCGAGCGUCGGUCUGCGCUACGAGUGGGAGCUCGUUGCGAAGUUCGAGCACGGCGUUCCGUGCGAGCCCGGCUCCGAGGGCAUCAACCCCAGCAUCUGCAAGCCACAGCUCUUGUUCGGGCGGUCGCCGUACCCCGUCGUGCUCUGCACGGACCCGCGCCCGGCCGUGGUCUUCGUGCCGUACAAGCGCGGCGGUGCCGGGCAGGUCGCCGGCCCCGGCGCGCCCGUCCAGGAGGGCGAGGUUCAAUACCGCCAUGUGGCGCUGCAGUCGCUGCCGAACGCGGAGCUGAUCGCGCGCGAGAACGACGGCGAGCGCCGCGACUUCCUGCUCUCGCGCGCCACGGGCCUGCAGGGCGCCGUCGACUCGUCCGCGCCCGGUGUCGACAAACUCGUCCUAUUGAUUACCACGCACCUUGUCGCCGACGACGACUUCCUGGACGGCGUCGACGCGCCCGUCGCGGUGCCCUCGCAGGCCUUCCUGACCCUCGACCUCCCGUUCGCGCCCGACGGCACGCAGCUCGGCCACCUGCCCCGCUCGCGCAGCUCGCUGGACGAGCCCGCCGUGGCGCUGGGCCUGCCCGCAUGGUCGACGCUGCGUGCCGAGGAGACCUUCACGUCGCGCCCGGACCUCGACCCGAACCCCGAGGGCCUCUCGCGGCACCUCGCGAAGGCCGUGUUCCUCGGCGGGUCGAUGCAGCGCUACGUUGUUGGGUAUCGCGAUUCCGAUAUCAUUCCUCGACUGAAGAUCCGCGCGUACCUCGGCGCGGGGCAGGUCGGCACGGACGGCCCGUGGAUCAAGUACAUCGACGACCAGGACGCGCGCCGCGAGAAGCCGCUCGCGUGGGACGCCCACAUGACCAAGGCCCCCGACAACGCCGAGUGGGUCUUCUUCCCCCUCAUCCUCGAGAAGAGCGCCUCGCAGGCCGCCGUGGAGCUGCACCAGUACCGCCUCACCGGCGACAGCGACCCGCUCGGCAUCCAGCCCACGGACUACGCGCGCUCGGCCCGGUCGUACCGUGUCCUCACUCUGGACACCACGCUGUUUACGAGCGACCGUCGCAAGGCGGCGUCGAACGUGGGCGUGACGGCGCUCGUGCGGUCGAACGAGGCCAGCACGGGCGUGCUCGUCGCGUACACCGGGCCGGCCGCGGACCAGGUCUUCCCUAUGAUCACGCGCAUCUACAUGUUGCCGAACCAGGAACAGGAUUGGUACGACCCGGGGUCGCUCGGCUGGAAGGCCUUCCACGCGCGGCUGGUCAACUCGAUGGAGUCGACGAGCGCGGGCGAGGAGGCGGAGGGCGAGGUGCCCGGGGGCGGCGGCGCGCCGGCGAUCGAUGAGGAGGCUUGCUUGACGCAGUCGCAGUGCAAGCGGGCCAACAUCGGGCAGGUGUGCGAGUGGAAGCUGCUGUCGAACGACGUCAGCGACGACAUCACGAACAACGCCCGCGCGAACGUCGCGCUCCUGGGCCCCGACGCGAAGGGACGCAUCUUUUACGUCGGGCCCCAGGAGGUCCGCGUGCUGAGCAAGUACACCGAGCAGGGCUGCGGGUUCGGCUCUCCGUCGACGAAGCUGCACUGGGUGGCCGUGACGCGCGUCGGCACGCGCUUCGUGCGCACCAGGCAGGGCGGCGAGGUCCUGCUGUCCAACCCUAUCUGGUCCGACCCGAAUCAGCUGCACACGUGGUACUACUCCCAGGGGUUCAUCUACGACGGCACGCUGCACCUCGCGGUGAGCUACCGCGACGAGAAGGACAGCUUCGGCCGCCCCGUGCGCACCAAGAUCUUGCGUCUGAGCUCGAUCACAGAGGGGCAGAACGCCGACGGCCGGCAGGCGUCGCGCGACGGCUCCAGCGCGCUCCCGCGGCUCGCGUUCUACACCUCGGCCUGGGAGGAGGUCGGGCCCGUGGACCCGUGCGACGGCGCGUUCUGCGGCGCCGAGUCGGGCGUGGACGAAGUCACAGGGCAGACGACGAAUCCAGAAGACGUGGAGUACCGGUUCUCGCCGUACACGAUCAACGACGGCUUCAUCUCCGGCGUGUGCUGCGGCCGCGCCUGGGCGCGCGACCUGUCGAGCGUGGUGUGGCCGUCGCAGACGACGGCGACGGCGCGGCGGCGCGCUACUGCGCGUCGCAUGCUGGCGGCGCGCAGCCGCGAGCUGGGCAUCGCUCCCGGAUACACCAAGUCGAGCUUCGCCACCGGGCCCGCGCCGCCGCUGGACGCCGGCCCGCUGCGGCCCAAGCGGUCCAAGCAGACGCUCGGAGCCGUGCUCAACUCAGGCCGUCGUUUCCUGGGCGGCGACGUGCCGGACGACCUCGAGCUCUUCCCGGCAGUGAGCGCUGCGUUCGACGCGCACGAUCUCGACGCGCUCGGGCGGCGGUGGCUGUCGGCGAACGGCACGAACGCGACGUGCGUCAAUGGCACCAUGGUGAACGGCACGUGCAACGGCACGGCGACGAACGCGACGAGCUCGCUCCUCGGGCGCGACUCGAGCGUCGACCCGCUCGCGAGCAGCCAGCUGGUCAUCUACGUCCCGCCGGUGCACACGGCGCUCCUGCAAGGAAUGUCCAUGAUGAAGACCCGCAAGUUCUGCGAUCGGUUCCCCACGCCGCCGGCGAACGCGCCGGAGGUGCUGGCCGCGCUGUUCGAGCCCGGCUUCAACCUGCGCGGGACGUACCAGGCGCCGCCGAUCGACUUCUCGCAGUGCAACGCGUGUGGGAUGCAGGCGCACAUGCUCCUGGUGGAGGAGUACUACCAGCAGCGCGCGGGCGCGGAGGAGGGCGACUACGAGGACGCGCUGCUGUCGAACUGGUACCUCGACUGGCUGCGCGAGGACAAGGUCCACAAGGAGGUGGUCUGCGAGGACGUGGACCUCGACACCCGUGCACGCUGGCAAACGGAGUGCGACCCGACGCAGGAGGACUGCUCGCGCGCGUCGACGCGCGCGUCGGUGGCGGUCGACAACGCCGGGCUGCCGGACUACGGCCGCGACUGCUCGGCGGGCGUGUGCACGUUCGUCGCGGACCACACGCUUCAGAACGUUCCGAUCGCGGACCUUGCGGUGACGGAGGACGUCUUGCCCGUCGACGACGACUGCCGGCUCGUCAAGGUGCAGGUCGAGAUCGACAUCCAGCACGACGACGUCCGCGACCUGGAGAUCGAGCUCGUGGCGCCGUGGGGCACGGCGGUGAUGCUCGCGGACGGCCGCGGGAUGGACGAGCUGGAGGUCGUGCCCUCGUACGACCGCACCGUCUUCUCGGACGCCGCCAACAGGCCCGUGCGCCAGGCCGACUUCAGCGGGAACUUCAACCUUGCCUUCCGGGACCAGUUCAGCCCGGUCACCCCGCUCGGGUGGUUCAUCGUCCCACCGGGAACCUCGCAGAACGUGCCGGACGGCUCGAGGCCGAACGCGCGCGGCGACUGGAGGUUGCGCGUCACGGACAAGGUGGGCGGCAACGCCGGCUUCAUCGAGGGGUGGAAGCUCGACCUCCGGUGCGCGAGCCUCGGGUGCCCCGGCAUGUCAGCGAACGACACGUGCACCUUCGAGCGCCGCGGGCUGUCGACGCCGAUCGUCGAGUCGACGAUCCUCAACCCCUCGUACUCGCCGGACGCCAUCUACAUCCACAACACGCAGUGCCGCGUGUCAGACAUCGAGGUCGUGGUCGAUAUCACGCACGACUACAUGGGCGACCUCAACCUCUGGCUCGGGUUCGUCGGCGAGGAGCCCGGGCACGUUCCGCGUGUCGCGCGGCUGUCCAAGGCCCGCGGCGGCUCCGGGAACGGUUUCUUCGGCGUCGUGUUCGACGACCAGGCCACGAACAAGAUCGCCGACGUCGGCGACGUGCUCGACCAGCUGACGGGCGCGUUCAAGCCGGAAGACAAGCUCAACUUCUUCACGGGCGAGCCGGCGCAGGGGACGUGGUCGCUCAUCGGCGCCGACUUCGCGCUGUCUGACGUGGGCGAGAUCAACGGCUGGCAGCUGCGGCUGCACUGCGGCGGCCCCGGGGAGCCCGAGUUCGACCUGACGGGCGGCGCAGCGAAGAUCGCGGCGGUGGCGGAGGCGUUCAAGGUCAUCCCCGCGGACAUCGGCCGCGGCGUGGAUCUCCCGGACGCCACGUCCUCUGGCCCGUCGGAGGUCACGCUGGAGAUCGACGUGUCGGAGGACUUGUUCGAGGUGGAGGGCGGCGCGUGCACGAUCAGCGAGCUGGCGGCGAUCGUCGACAUCUCGCACACGUACAUCAGCGACCUGACGGUGUUCCUGCAGACGCCCUCGGGCACGGGCAUCGAGAUCUCGACCUUCGUCGGCAACGACGGGCAGGGGUUCCGCCCGGUGCUGUUCACCGACCUGGCGGACGUGUCGAUCGUCGAGGCGAUCCCGACGCCCGAGGGCUUCGUCGCGGGCGUGUACCGGCCGUACGCGACCUUCUCAUUCGCCAAGGGCGACUCGGCCAUCGGCACGUGGACGCUCAACAUCGCCGACCACUACCAGUUCGACAAGGGCAAGCUCAACCGGUUCGAACUCUUCGUGCAGUGCGAGGAGACGCCGCGGAUCUUCCGCCUGCCCACGCCGCCGCUGGGCGCGACCAUCCACUCUACAGAGAUGAUCCCGCCCGACGUUGAGUCGAGCGUCGCCAACCGGACGUUCAUGAUCCCGGUGCCGCGCGAGUCGUUCGGCGACGAGGAGUGCUUGGUUCUUGACGUCGGGCUGCGCCUCAGCAUCGACCACCCGGAGAUGGAGGCCUUGACCUUCGCCCUCCCGAAUGCCACCAACGCGACCGCGGCGCCACCGUCGCCCACGACGCCACCGGUGCUGAUUUCGGCCGACUACCUGCAGAACGCCACCGCGCCUGGCCGCGCGGUGGUUUUCCGGGGCGACGGCGCGGGCUAUGACGGCAUGCGCAGCGUUGUGUUCUACGACGCAGCGUCGCGGAGCAUUGACCGCCCGGAGACGAACGAGCGAGGGAACUUCAUCGCGGGCAUCUACGUGCCGCGGGAGAAACUCGCGGAGACGUUCGGCGGCUUCCCCGGCUACGGGCAGUGGUAUUUGGAGGUGUCGAGCAGCAGUGCGGCGCUGGGCACUCUGAAGUCCGCGGAGCUGCUCGUCCGCUGUGGACAGCCCCGCGUCGCGGCAGCUCUGCCCCCCGGCAUGAUCAUCAGCGACGCCGCCGGCCUGCCCAAGCGCAUCCCGGACUUGAACCAGGCGGACGGCUUUGUUACCGUGGAGAUCUCGCCGAGCCAGCUGGACCCUGCCUGGGGCGGUUCCUGCACGAUCCGCGACGUGGUGGUCGACGUUGAGAUCGGCCACACGUACCUGUCGGACCUGGUGGUCUACUUACGACCGCCUGACCCACCUGGUGGUCCAAUUACGACCGCACCGGGAUCGCGGGUGACCUUGUUCGAAGAGAUCGGCGCGUCGUUCAACGGCGUCGCCAACCUCCAGCUCAACGGAUCGGCGGACGCCAACGUGCAGGAGCUAGCUGACUUCGUCCCCGCCGUCAUCGCAGACCCGUCGGACCGCACGCAGCCCCUGCGAGUACGCCCUUCCUCCUCGUUCGGGGGGCUCUGGGGGCAGAGCGCGCUCGGGACGUGGAGCGUCGACGUCUACGAUCUCUACGAGGCGGACUUCGGCACCAUGAAGUCGUUCAGGCUCUACGUGACAUGCGAGGAGGGCUUCCUCGCCGGCAAUGGCAAUGCCGUGGUCGUGCGCAGCACGGACACCCCGCACGACAUUGCCGACAACUCGAUGUCCGCUCCGCUCUACUUGUCCGUGGAGCCGUCGAAGUUCGUCGACUUCGGAGGACAAUGCAUCAUCGACAAGCUGUCGAUUUCCCUCGGAAUCACGCACACGUACUUCUCGGACCUUGCAGUCUCCCUCGUCGCCCCGUGGGGCGGGAGGUUCGUUCUGUUCAAUGGCAUUCUCUCGAACUAUAACGGCGGCGUGCGCGUCGUGUUUGACGCCGACGGCCUCCCGAUCGACGCUAUCGAGACAUUAAGUCAACCCGCGGGCACGUUCCGCCCGAGUUCGGACCUGAGCAACGCAGCGGGGCGCAGUGCUGUCGGAGAAUGGACACUCGAAGUCACCGACUCGGCCGAGGAAGACGUAGGGCAGGUGCUGGGCUUUACAUUGCUCUUCGAGUGUAGCAUCCCCGACUCGGGCUCGUCGCCAGUCCCGCUCAACCUGCAAGUGCCGGCGUCGGAGUUCGCCAGCCAGGGCGGUGGCUGCAUCAUCGCGGACGUGGACGUGGAGCUCAACAUUGCGCACACGUACUUCAGCGACCUUCGGGCGACGUUGACGGCGCCUGGGGGCGGGAGCAUCAGUCUGUUCUCCGGCGUGCUGGGGAGCUUCGCCGGGACGGUGAGGCUGGUGUUCGACGACGAUGCAUCGACGCUGGUGUCGGCAAUCUCGACGCCUCCGGACGGGACGUACCGGCCAAUGGUUAGCCUGGCUGACUUUGUCGGGCAGAGCGCGGUCGGGCAGUGGACGGUCACGGUAUCCGACACAGCGGACGGCGACGUGGGGAACAUUAUGCGCAUCCCCGACUCUGGCUCGUCGCCAGCCCCGCUCAACCUGCAAGUGGCGGCGUCGGAGUUUACGAGCAUCGGCGGCGACUGUACGAUCACGGACCUGGACGUUGGGCUGGACAUUGCGCACACGUACUUCAGCGACCUUCAGGCGACGUUGACGGCGCCUGGGGGCGGGAGCAUCAGUCUGUUCUCCGGCGUGCUGGGGAGCUUCGCCGGGACGGUGAGGCUGGUGUUUGACGACGAUGCAUCGACGCUGGUGUCGGCAAUCUCGACGCCUCCGGACGGGACGUACCGGCCGACGGGCAGCCUGGCUGACUUUGUCGGGCAGAGCGCGGUCGGGCAGUGGACGAUGGCGGUAACGGACACUGCGAGCGGCGACGUGGGGAGCAUUAUGCGCAUCCCCGACUCUGGCUCGUCGCCAGCCCCGCUCAACCUGCAAGUGGCGGCGUCGGAGUUUACGAGCAUCGGCGGCGACUGUACGAUCACGGACCUGGACGUUGGGCUGGACAUUGCGCACACGUACUUCAGCGACCUUCAGGCGACGUUGACGGCGCCUGGGGGCGGGAGCAUCAGUCUGUUCUCCGGCGUGCUGGGGAGCUUCGCCGGGACGGUGAGGCUGGUGUUUGACGACGAUGCAUCGACGCUGGUGUCGGCAAUCUCGACGCCUCCGGACGGGACGUACCGGCCGACGGGCAGCCUGGCUGACUUUGUCGGGCAGAGUCCGCCGCUCGCCGACGUCGCUUACGCGGGCAGCUUGCCCGCCAGUAUCCCAGACAACGAUGCGGCUGGUGUCACGCUGGACAUCACGACGACCACGGGGGACUUUGGUGGCAGUAGCUGCAAGGUGAAGGACGUCCAGCUCGUCCUGGCCCUCACCCACACGUACUGGAACGACCUGGGGGUGACGCUGACGUCCCCGAGCGGCAACUCCGUCGCCAUGUUCCGGGCGAUUCCGUUCACGGGCUCCGGGACGGGCGCGAUGACCUUCAACGACACGUCAUCGACGGAAGCUCAGACGCAGUCCUCCCUGCCUUCGGGCGUGCUGCAGCCCAGGGAGCGCCUGCGCAUGCUCGACUGGGACAACGGCGUCGGCACGUGGUCUCUGAAUGUGGCUGACACCGGCGCACUAGACACGGGCACGAUCGGCGCGUUCAGUCUGCGCAUCACGUGUCAGCCCUCGAGCGCGCGCAAGGGGCGCGUGCCCGCACCGAGCGGCGACCUGCCGCUCAGUAUCCCUGACGCCACCACGGGCACGCCGCUCAACAUCGUCGUGUCGGGCGGGGCGUGCACCGUCCAGUCGGUCACGGUCGACGUCAGAAUCACCCACACCUACUGGGCUGACCUGACGCUGACGGUGACAUCACCGGAGGGCACCACCCUGACCAUGUUCGCCGGCGUCGGAGAUUCAAACAGCGGCACGAGCACCGUCGUCCUCGACAUGAGGGCGGCGACGCAGAUCAGCGGCACCGCCCUGCCGUCAGGGUACUACAGGCCGACAGACGAUCUGGGCGAUUUCUUGGGGGAGAACGCGCUGGGCACCUGGCAGCUGACCGCGUCCGACGGCGCGUCCGGCGACCUGGGGACGAUCGACAGCGCGGGUCUCACCAUCAACUGUCAGUGA